CAAGUUAAAAACAAAGACUAGGCAUGAAAUGAAAUGAAGAGGAGAGGAGUGAGAAAAAGGAGCUCAGUUCACUCAGUCAGGUGUGGAGACAGGCUGAUGAUAUCCUAGGUGACAUUGAGAGAUUUCUUGAAUGACUGAAGGUCCCACCAUUGAACAGGUAAGAUGGCACGGGACAUGUCUGAUAAGGACAUCAUGAAAAUGGAGCUGGAGCAGCUGCAGAUAGAAGUUAGCACUCCCCGGAUUGCAAUGUCUAAAACGACCCCAGAGCUUGUCUCUUUCAUUGAGGCGGCAUCUGCAGAAGACCCCUUAAUUAAGGGAGUUCCUGAAGACAAGAAUCCCUUUAAGGAAAAAGGAGGUUGUGUUAUUACAUAGCGAUGACCUUGCAAUAAUAACAGAAGGCUUCAAGAAGUGCUGAUUACAGGGGUUUCCCAUUUUGUACUUUCUACAGGCAAAAAUAAAAUUGAUUUACUUCCUCAA